CAACGCUAGUUUUAUUUUGGGUUGUGUGAUUUCUAUUGAAGGAUCAAUUCGGUAUAUUAGAAUUCCGAUAUUUCCAAGCAUCUAACAACCUAAUCUUCACAAAACAGUUAUUAUUACGACCAUGAAGCGACAAUAAAAUUUUACGCCAUUGUCAAACAGCUGGCAACGCGGGAAUAUAAAAUGCGCACGAUGCUGGCAACACUGGGAAUCAUAGCAAUAACAGCAAUAACACAGAGUGAAGUCAUUCCUCUUAAAGCUCCCGUGGGAGGCACUGUGUUGGUGCCUCGGGGAAAUGAUCCGAUGGAUUUGUAUAAGCUGAUACCAGCUUGGAAUGUCCUCAGAAGAACAAUCCUUCGACCGCACGUGGAAGCUGGUCCAGGGUUCUUCAAGUCAGAUCCUGUGGAAUACUCUCCAAACAGACUAGCGAAGGAGUACAAGAAGUUAUUCGCUUUGAAGAAGAAAAUGGAAGAGAGGGACAAACCAUUGUCACCUUAG